ACAUGGCUGCCCAGCAAGUAGCCAUCAUUGGGGCCGGUGCCUCUGGCCUGUGUGCCCUGAAAUGCUGCCUGGAUGAGGGGCUGGUACCCACCUGCUUUGAGAGGAGCGGGGACAUCGGGGGGCUCUGGCGCUUCGAGGUAAGCGCUGUGCUGUGCCAGCCUGCCCUGCGGCAGCCGCACAGACAGGAUUGGGAUCGGUCAUUGGCAGCUAAUGAAGCACCACUCCCCUGCUUUGCAUGCAUCCAAGGAAAACCACAGGAAAGAAACACUGCUGCAGAAGCGGCAGAUCCCUGUGGUGCCAGCUGGUGUGCCGGCCACAUGCGACCCAUCUCCUUCCCACCAGCAGCAGGACAGACCCUCCGCGAGGACUUGACCCAGCUCCCCCAGCUCAGGCUUCCCCCUUCCCACCCCUCCCUUCCCGGUCUCAUCCAUCCCUUCCCCUGCUGCUUUGCUCCUGGUCCCCUCCAGCCCUUUCCUACCCAUCCUGGUACCACCUGACCCCGCUGGCUGUCCCAGUCUCCGUUCUGCCUAGCUCUUCCCUGGAAGUCCCAGCUGCUUCUCUCCCUGCUUCUGUGCCGCUCACCCACGCAGAGGCGCCGAGUGCUGCCUCACCUGUACCUUGGCUCUCCCUGCCUUGAGGGAAGUCCCGGAGCUCAUUUCUGCCCCCACCUAGUGAGGCUGCUGACUUUUCUCCCAGGAGCCACCAAGAAGCAGCCAAGCCUUUCCACCAUGCUCUGACAGGCAGGUGGGAGAGCCCGGGGGGGGACACACACCACACCACGCCAUCGUGGGGUUUGGGGUGGCUCGGUUACAGUCUGCAGGUUCUGCCCACGCUGGGUCAGAAACAGGGCUGGGGGAGCAGAGCCACAGCAGUGCCAGGCUACCGGGGCUGAGACCUGGCGAGCAGAAGUGGCCACUCAGCUGGAAGCACCGGAGCUGGCUCAGCAGCUGGCAGCUGGCAAGACCUGACAUGGCAAGACCUGACAUAGCAAGACCGGGGCAAUGGCACCACAGGCAGCUUUGGGAACGUGCCGCCUCAUCAGGGCCAGGGGUGGGAGCAGGGAAACUGAGGCACAAGACCCCCCACAACCCGCUGUCACCACUGCAUGGCCCACACCAACCCAGAGCUUCCUCUUCCCUGUUUGGUGGGGUGAGCGGUUGCAGCUGUGGGAGGGUGCUGGGGGCAGGGAUGGGUGCUAUGACCACCCGUGGCUUAAUCCCACACUCACAAGCAUGGUGAGGCAGCAGGCAGCCAGCCAGCCAUGGGGUCCCUGGCCAGUGCCGAGCUGUGCCCUGCUCCCGCAGGAGCACCCCGAGGAGGGACGCGCCAGCAUCUACCGCUCCGUCAUCAUCAACACCUCCAAGGAGAUGAUGUGCUUCAGCGACUUCCCCAUCCCCGACCACUUCCCCAACUACAUGCACAACUCCAAGAUCAUGGAGUAUUUCCGCAUGUACGCCCAGCGCUUCGACCUGCUCCGCCACAUCCGCUUCAGGACCAGCGUGUGCCACGUGGCCAAGUGCCCCAACUUCGCCGCCACGGGCCAGUGGGAGGUGGUGACGGAGAGCGAGGGGAAGCAGGAGGCGGCCGUCUUCGACGCCGUGCUGGUGUGCACCGGGCACCACACCGAGGCACAUCUCCCGCUGAGCACCUUCCCAGGGCUGGAAAAGUUUGAAGGCUGGUACCUGCACAGCCGGGACUACAAGAGCCCGCAGUCCUUUUUGGGGAAGCGGGUGGUCGUGGUUGGUACCGGGAAUUCAGGCAUCGACAUCGCGGUGGAGCUGAGCCACGCAGCCAAGCAGGUCUUCCUCAGCACCAAGCGUGGCACCUGGGUGAUGCACCGGGUGGCAGACGGUGGAUACCCCUUUGACUUCACCUACAUCAACCGCUUCCUACAGCUCCUCCGCAGCCUGCUACCCCACAACGUCAGCAGCUUUUUCAUGGAGAGGAAGCUGAACGCCCGCUUCGACCACGCACUCUAUGGCCUCCAGCCCCAGCACCGGAUCUUUGACCAGCACCCGACCAUCAACGACGACCUGCCCAACCGCAUCAUUUCAGGCACAGUACUGGUGAAGCCGAACAUCCAGGAGUUCACAGAGACAUCCGCUGUCUUUGUGGAUGGCACCAAGGAAGACAUCGACGCCGUGGUCUUCGCCACGGGAUACAGCUUCUCCUUCCCCUUCCUCGAGGGCUGUGUGCAGGUGGUGGAGAACCAGAUCCCCCUCUACAAAUUCAUGUUCCCCCCUGACCUGGAGAAGCCAACACUGGCUUUCAUCGGCCUCAUCCAGCCCCUGGGAGCCAUCAUGCCUGUCUCUGAGCUCCAGUGUCGCUGGGCCACCCGUGUCUUCAAGGGGCUGCAGGACCUGCCGCCGUCCGCUGACAUGCUGGCCGACAUCGCACAAGCCAAGGAGGAAAUGGCCAAGCGGUACGUGAAGAGCCAGCGGCACACCAUCCAGGUGGAUUACAUCCCCUACAUGGACGAGCUCGCCUGCCAGGUGGGGGUCAAGCCCAACCUGCUCGCCCUCUUCCUCACCGAUCCCAAGCUGGCGCUGGAGGUGGCCUUUGGGCCCUGCACGCCGUACCAGUACCGCCUGCGGGGCCCGGGCAAGUGGUCGGGCGCCAGGGAAGCCAUCCUCACCCAGCGGCAGCGCGUCGUCAGGCCCCUGCAAACCAGAACCGGGGCCCGUCCUGCCCGCUCCAGCACCGUGCCCCACAUCUUCAAGGUCUUCUUCAGCAUCGGGUUGAUUGCGGCCACCGCCGUCUACAUCUCGCUCUCUCCUUAACCCAAAAUUGAAGGUUUGCCCGCAGGUCCUGCCGGCAAUCUUCUUGCUUUCCUUUGGGCUUGGGUAUUUCUGUGGUCUCCUGCUAGGUCCGCUGCCAGGGCAGGAGGCACAGAGGGAGCGGGUUCCUGGAGGACGCAGCCUGGUCUGUUUCACCUUCCUGCCGCGCCGGAGCCACACACAACAGGUCUUUUCGGGAGCUGCUCUGAGGACACGGAUCACUCCCUUUCCCUAAAUCCUGCCCCGCAGCAGCUCCACAAGCUCUACCCGUGGGUUAGGUCGGUGCAGAGGUGAUGGGGAAACCGGGAACUUGCCCAGCCAGGGCACCUCAAGAAAAGGGCAAUAAAGCUUGUCCCCACGCCGAGGGGACGAGGGACCGCGUGGGCUGUCUCAGUCUGCGGCUCCGUGUCUGUCCUGCCCGGCCCAGGGGCAGCACCCUGGCCACUCGCACCCCACAGCGGGCCUCCUCACGCCCUAGCCGCCCAGCCAGCCCACCUCACGGCUCGCCCGCCCAGCCCCACC